AUGACAGAAAACGAAAAGAAAGACAUUCUAAUUCAAUUGUUAAAGCAAGAAUUAACCAAAGAAGCACUACCUCAAAACUUUCGCGAUAUCUUGAGUAAGACGCUACAGGUACUUUCGCAUCAAAAUAAAGAUCUAGACAAGCUGCGACAGGAGCGAGACAAGUUCCGUAAAGAAGCUGAACAUUGUGAGACCAAGUCCUUGCAAUUGACCAACUAUGUGAAAGCGGCUGAAGAUAAUUACAAUGCGCUUGCUAAACUAUACAAAGGUGAACAUACAAAGACGCUAGAUCAACAAGAACAAAUCAUACAAUAUCAGACCAGACUAAAGGAGUUGGGUGAGGAACAAACAGCGCGAGAACUCGUGAUUCGACAACAAAUUGAACACAUGAAGCAGUUAAGUGAUGAACGGGUCGAGAAACAACGGGAAGAGUAUACCAAAUCAGCCAAUAAACAAGCCAUGGGAAGAAGAAAUAUCGAAGAAAAAUUAAUGCACAAGGAUGCCGAAUUAAACGAUCUCAAGAAACGAUUACAGGAUCUGGAAACACGGUUUAAUCACUUGGAGGCUCAGAAGCAAGAGAAAGUAAACGAAGCUGAUUUUUACAAGAAGGAAAACUCACAGUUGAAAUUGUUGGUGGCUUACUUGCAACCACAACAAUUGCAAGCUCAAAAUCAAACCCAUAUCCAAACUUUACCCCAACCUCCUCACAAUCCACGUUAUUAG